GUGAAUUUCGACCAUUUCCAGAUCUUAAGAGCAAUUGGUAAAGGAAGUUUUGGCAAGGUAUGUAUUGUACAGAAGAAGGAUACAAAGAAAAUGUUUGCUAUGAAGUAUAUGAAUAAACAAAUGUGUGUGAAAAAAGACGCCGUUACAAACGUGAUGAGAGAAGUAGAUAUCUUAAAAACGUUGGAUCACCCUUUCUUAGUUAAUUUAUGGUUCACUUUCCAAGAUGAAGAAGAUAUGUUUGUAGUAGUAGAUCUGUUGUUGGGGGGAGAUUUAAGAUAUCAUAUGCAGCAAGAUGUGGUAUAUUCUGAAGAUCAAGUUAAAUUGUAUAUUUGUGAGAUUGGACUUGCCUUGGAUUAUUUACAAAGAAAUCAUAUUUUACACAGAGAUAUCAAACCUGAUAAUAUUCUACUAGACGAAGGAGGCCAUGUACAUAUAACAGAUUUUAAUAUUGCCACAGUGCUCAAUCCGGGAGAAUUAGCUACUUCAAUGUCUGGUACCAAGCCUUAUAUGGCGCCUGAAGUGUUUGCAUGUGCGUUAAAUGAGUGCCUGGGAUACAGUUAUCCCGUUGAUUGGUGGUCGUUAGGUAUAACAGCUUACGAGUUACUCAAAGGAAGGAGGCCAUUUGACAUUCACUCCUCGACAUUAUUACAAGAAGUUCAGAUUCUUUUCAACACAACUAAACCUCAUUUUUCAUCUUCCCAAUCAGAAAAUUGCCGAUAUUUACUCAAACAGUUAUUAGAAUUAGAUCCUGAUAACAGGAUUUCAUCGCUUGCUCAGUUAAAACAUCAUCCAUUUAUGGAGAGUUUAGAUUUUAAUAAAGUCUUAAAUAAAGAAGUUAAACCAGCCUUUGUGCCUUCAAAAGAGCAUUUAAAUUGUGAUCCUACGUAUGAACUAGAAGAAAUGAUCAUUGAAACCAAACCCCUUCAUAAAAAGAAGAAACGACUGGCGAAACAGAAUUCCAGACGA